GUAAAUAUUUUGGUGGCUUUUUGAAAUGCAAAAGCAAUCAGCCUAUAGCUAUCGCGAUAUGCAGAAGUCGGGUAAGCCGGCAGUCCGCGUUAUGUCAACACAUGAGAACAUGCCGAAGUCGGUUAUGAAGCGUCCUACCGCUGAGGGUAAGAAAGUUAACACGUUUUUCAAGAAAGCUAUUGGUUUCGACCAGGAAAACAUUCAGACCACCUUGCAUAUGCCAAUUGAAAGGCGUGAAUAUGGUUUUAUGAGAACAGCAAAGUCCAGCACCCCAUAUUUUGGUAUGAAAACAAUCCUGGAUUCCAAAGAGCUGUCGGAACGUUUAUUGGCGGAAAAGAACAAGAUUGACUUGGGCUUGGAAAAGGAACCCUUGGUUGUUGGCACAGUAAGGAGCCCCGAAAAAGACACACUUACAUCAUCUUCUGGGUCUUCUGCUUCUUCUCGGCACACACGUGCAGACUCUCAACUUCAUGGCACAACUUUAGGUUCAUUUGAUGAUCUCCCAUUUGAGCUAAAGCGAAAAAAAUUCGAUGAGGCUGAAUAUACUAUAGCUCGGGGCAAAAAGAUGAGUGAUGUCUAUCAUGGUGAUGCGGCUAGGGAUUUUGAAAUUGGCGCAAAUCGUGAUUCUCAGCAUAUGGCAUUCCAAGAAAUGGAAGCUUUUUGUCGUACCAUGAACAUCAAGAUUUCACAAGGCUCUGCCUUUUAGAAUUAAAAUUAAGCUUUAAAUUUCAACACUGCGAUAGAACAAAACAUUAAGUGUCACAAGCAGAUACUGUUCUCAUUGUGGUAGUCAGUUGUCGUUGCUUCGUUUUCGUGUUUGCCAAACUACUGAAACCAAAAACAAAUCGUUUGCAGAGAUCUGAAGAGAUAUUUGUAUAUGUGGAGGUCAGGUGGCCUGCUGUUGUCCUUGUGGCCAUCUCCCUAGUCAUCCCUUAACUAUGCGCAGCUCUCGAAAGCUGUUGGCAGUCGCACAAACGAAGUUUCCUGGGGACUACAUAAUUAUUUAAUUCUAUUGGUUUGGCAUUCCAGGACACUUUUAGUUGCGAUGCAUGCCAGUGACUAACUCUUUGUUGAAUUUAUCACAAAUAGGUUUUUCAAGGCGACAGUUUUAUUGUGACAGGGAGGUGAAGAAAUUGUAUAUUGUUCUCUCGUUAGUGCUGAGAAAUUCUUUUCUAUAGUUGAGUUUGCAAAAAUUUAGAAAAUAAAUAAAUAAGUGAAGAUAGAACGCCAAUCAAAAUGUACAUCUGUC